CCCCCCCUCCCAGGCAGGUGUGUAAGGGGCCCCUCAGGCAGGAGUGUGAGGAGCUCCCAGGCAGGUGGAGCCUCCCCCCGGCAGGUGUGUAAGGGGAGCCCCCGGGCAGCUGUGUGAAGAGCUCCUGGGCAGGUGUGUAAGGGGAGCCCCCGGGCAGGUGUGUGAGGAGCUCCCAGGCAGGUGGAGCCCCCCCCCCCCCCCUCCCGGCAGGUGUGUAAGGGGAGCCCCCGGGCAGCUGUGUGAAGAGCUCUUGGGCAGGUGUGUAAGGGGAGCCCCCGGGCAGGUGUGUAAGGGGCCCAUCAGGCAGGAGUGUGAGGAGCUCCCAGGCAGGUGUGUAAGGGGAACCCCCGGGCAGGUGUGUAAGGGGAGCUCCCAGGCAGGUGUGUAAGGGGAGCCCCCGGGCAGGUGUGUAAGGGGAACCCCCGGGCAGGUGUGUGAGGAGCUUCCAGGCAGGUCUGUAAGGGGAGCCCCCGGGCAGGUGUGUAAGGGGAGCCCCCGGGCAGGUGUGUAAGGGGAACCCCCGGGCAGGUGUGUGAGGGAGCCCCCGGGCAGGUGUGUGAGGGCCCCUGUGGUGCAGUCUCUGCAUGCAUGGCAUGAAGGGAAAAGUGAAUCAUCAAAGAAGUAACAAUUUGGUAAACUAGUAUCACAUAGAUAUCUAACUUCAGCCUCGUUAGAUAUAGGACAGUAUUCUGUGACAGUACUGUAUAAAGUGACUGACUGUGUGUGACUCCCUCCCCUCUGUGUCAUUGCCCCUGUACACACAGUGACUGCUGGCAGAAAGCUCAGUGCUGCUCAUACUCAGUAUCACUCUCUGCCCGGCUCAUCGUACGCCUGACCCUCCUGCCUCUGUCACUGCACAGUCGCACCUGCCGCUCUCUGAUUCUACUGCCUGUCGCUGCACAGUCGCACCUGACGCUCUGGUUCUACUGCCUGUCGCUGCACAGUCGCACCUGACGCUCCUGGCUCUGUCGCUGCACAGUCGCACCUGCCGCUGUCUGACCCUCCUGGCUCUGUCGCUGCACAGUCGCACCUGGAGCUCACCCUCCUGCACACAUCGCUGCAGAGAGCGGCUGGCGGCCGGGUGUGACCCGCACUGGAGGGUGGCCUCAGCUGUCACUCCGGCUGCAGGUGUCCCCUUACUCCUCCGCCCACUGCCCCACUUCUGGUGACACCAGAGCAGCCGCGCACAGAGCAACGGGCAGCUGCAGACGCAUCUUUCCCGGGCACAGCAUGGGGAUCACACCGGGGUCCUGGCAGCACUGGCUGGGGGUGCUGUGGACCCUGCACUGGCUACUAGGUCUCUCCUCGGCGCUGCUGGAGGUUCAUGUGGAGCAGAAAUCGGUGACCGCGGUGCAGGGACAGCGUAUCACCCUUCCCGUCUGGUUUUCCAGCAGCUCAAAAGAGAAACCGUAUAUCACCUGGUUCAUACAACGAGCACAGACAGAGCAGAUCCAGAUUUUGAAAUACAUGGGUGGAGAAGUUGACAUAUCUGAGGAUUUCAAAGGCCGGCUGAGCUUUGUCCACCCCAUGCCUGCCAAAAACAUUUCAAUAGUAAUUAACAGAACUCAGGCCACAGACUCCGGGCAAUACCGGUGUUACGUCAAUGUGCAGGACGACAACAGUGUUGGCAGAGGGAACAUUGGAGUGAUUGAUGUGUCCAUUCUGGUGCCCCCGUCCAGACCCAUAUGUCAGAUCCACGGAAACUCGUAUAUUGGAGCCAACGUCACGCUGAGCUGCAGGUCUCCCACCGGGGACCCGGCACCCACUUACUCCUGGAUGAAGAAAGCACCAGACAACUUGGUCUACUUUUCUCCUGCUCACGAUUCCAUGAAGGGAACAUUGACUCUAACGAACCUGACAGCGGACAACACCGGGACAUACGUGUGUACAUCCAAGAACAUAGCCGGUGUGGCGGAAUGUAACGUCACCAUGGAAGUGACAUCAUCAUCCAGGACCGCCAUCAUCGUAGGCGCGGUGGUGGGAUCCAUCGCUGGGCUCUGCUGCCUAGCGGCGCUGGUGGCCGUGCUGGUCUACCUGUACCGACGCGAGAGGAAGGAGUCGCAGGACGACGUGGAGAAUGACAUCAAGGAGGACGCCCCGGCGCCAAAGUCGCUUACCUGGGCCAAAGCCAACGACUCGGAUCUAGUCUUCAAAAACGGCACCAUGUCCUCCAUCAACAGCAACCGCGACCACAAGCCCUAUCCGUCCAAAUCUCCCUCCGACACCACGUCCGUCAACACGGCGGCCGGCUACAACCCCCCACCCUACGCGGGCGACAGGGGCCGCAUCACAACGCCCACCCCCAGCUUGUCCAGUCAGUCGUUGCCCAGCUACAUGGCACCAGCCAACGGCAACUAUUACAGCACGGCCGUGCCAAAGAGCAGGAGCCCCCAACAGAAGACCAACGGCGUAGAUCCGCAGGUUCCGAGGAAAGAAUUAAACGUCGCCUCCGGCGUCACCCCCUCCAAUCUGGUGCGGAUGGGGGCUGUGCCAGUUAUGGUUCCGGCGCAGAGCCAGGCGGGGUCCCUGGUGUAACCGUACUCUAUUCCAUCUAUAACAGAAUGUUUACAGCUCUCCGCAGCAGCCGACAUUUAUGAAACCGGUUCCGGCACCGUCGGCAGGCUGCUUUCGUUAUCUGCACUGGAUUACCCGGGGGGGGGGGGGAGGGGGUGACCCCUGGGUUAUACGUGCUGUUCCCUCUCCCCAGCCCUGCACACAGGCCGCCCAGACUACAGUGCGUGGCGGACAGUUCUCAUUUUCAUGAAUCGCCGACACACGAAACCUUUUUGUAAAUGUUUUUUUUUUUUUUUAAAUGAGAACAUGGAGCCGCUGCUUUUAUAGUUUGCUGUUCAGUGUCUUCUCUCUCAUGGUGGAAUAUAGACCUCUGUCACUCUGCCGUCUGCCCCCGACCCCCCGGAUUUGCUGCUGCAACCAUUUCUCUUGCCUUAUUUUCCAAACUCCCGAGUCCCGAUCCCCUGUAUUAUAGACAGACGCAAGUAAGUUCCGGUAACGUUAUAAUCUACAGAAGGAAUUUUGGGUGCUUAUUAUACAGUAACUAAACUCCCUGUUACAGGGUUGUUAUUGUUUUUGGUUUCCACCUGCACGGGGCUCUCAGACAAUGUUAGGAAGGGCGGAGGGUCCUGCUUUACAUACGAAUCACAUGAACAGUCUCAGUGUUGCUGUGUCUGCAAUGGUCCCGGCUGCACAGUAUGAUCUUGCUAAAUGCAACUAAGGGCAGGAGCCCAGGGGGAAUGUUUUUUGGGGGGAGCCAUCACUCUGUACUCUAUAGUAUAUAUGUCUGAUAUCCGUUAUAUUUCUUUAUAUACUGUGUUGUAUUUCUGUUAGGAGUGCAGCGCCCUCUUUAUACUGCAAACCUAGAAGACGGGACAGAUCAAGCAUUACAGUUACUGUGAUAGUAUAAAGAAGGUGACACGUAACAGAUAUUGAGGGUCAUUCCGAGUUGAUCGCUCGCUAGCGGUUUUUAGCAGCCGUGCAAACGCUAUGCCGCCGCCCACUGGGGAGUGUAUUUUAGCUUAGCAGAAGUGCGAACGCCUGUGCAGCCGAGCUCUGCAAAAGCAGUUUGUGCAGUUUCUGAGUAGCUCCAGACUUACUCGUCGCUUGCAAUCACUUCAGCUUAUUCGUGUCCGUAUUUGACGUCGUACACCCGCCCAGCCAUGCCUGCGUUUUUCCAGACACGCCUGUGUUUUUUUGCAAACACUCCCUGAAAAUGGUCAGAAACGCCCCCUUCCUGUCAAUCUUCUAGCAGCCGUCAGUGCGAAGGAGAACUUAGCUAGAACCUGAGCACAACCACAAAGGGCUUUGUACCAGUACGUCGCACGUGCGCUUUGCGGUGCACACACAUGCGCAGCGAUGCCGUUUUUUUUCACCUGAAUGCUGCGCUGCGAAAAUCAGCAGCGAGCGAUCAACUCGGAAUGACCCCCAUUAUACAUUGAACGCACCUUUCAUAAAGGGACCCUAACCCUAUAUGUUUCUUAUUUUCCCUUUUUAUCUGUCUAAAUAUUUAGAAAUGAAUGUAUACAGAUACUCUUUUUAUAUGAGAUCACCUUUCAGUAGAGGUGUCAUUGUUUACCUUCUCUUUCCCAUAAUCGCCUUAUCUGCUAGCAGCGCUCUCCUGCAAGUAUCAACAAAAACGGAAUCUCCUGACUGUAUAAAAGACGGGGGUAUGGCCUGGUGGCAGGAGAUAGGUGUGACAUCAUCUGGGAAGGGUAUGACAUCGUAAAGGGGCAUGGUCAAGCCUGUCUAUUUAAAGUUUAAAAAAAAAUGAAAAUCUUGUUCCUGUUUUCCAUUGCUGACGCAUUUCACCCCCAAUAACUGAGCUACAUUUGCGCACUAUCCUGGGCAAAGAAGGAGCUGUGGGGGGGAUAUUGAGGCGUUGAUAUACUGAGUGGAUCCCAACAUUUUACCUACAUUUUUGAUGCCGUCCCAGUAAUAUAGUAAUGGAUCGUGAGUGAUAUAAUGGGAUCUAACAGGAGCACAGCUCUGGCCGCAGAUGAUGAUUGCAUUCUGGCCGCUGUGCCCUAAGUUACCCCAUAUCCCACAACGUUACUGACCUGGGGUCCUGACGGCUGAAGUUUUUAGUCCUUUUUAUGCAGUUUUUUUAUAUUAAAAAAAUCAUUUACACGGUGAUAAAGUAUCAGCCAAUCAGCUCCUGUCAUUUUUCAAACACAGUCUGGGAUGUACUAAGCGGACAAUGCGGUAAACCCCCGUUUACUGCGUUUCCCAAAUGCACUAAGCCCCAGCCGCCGUAACAGCGCAGCGGAGGGGAUCCCCAGCUGGCGAUACCCCAAAGAAGCCUAUGGGCUUCUCACCGCAGCACUGGUCCCUCCCAGCAUGCCCUGCGGCCGCCCCCGUCACGGUGCCACCGGAGAUUGCGAAGGACAGCCCUAAUCGGAAAUGCGGCCUCUCUUGUAUCCCUCAGAUGGAUAUAUAACGCCUAUAAAUGCGUAUACAUUACCAGUCAGACAGUAUUCUCCAGCAGAGCCGCCUCCUUACUCAGCUCAGCGACCGCCAUGACCUGUCCGCUGACUGCGUCAUUAUAUUGUGUUAUUGUAUCGUCCACAUGUACAGAUAUGAAACCAAAGCUGAUUUAUCAUGUAUUACUACUUUUACAUAUUAACAGGAUAACCAGUCCAUCAGGACAACAUACUCUCAAUGUGGGGGAGAUGUAUCAAGACUUGGAGAGAGAUAAACUAGAGAAGAUCCCGAGAGUAACCAGCGUCUGUCAUUCACCCAGCGCAGUCUCUGAAAUGACAGGUAGAAGCUGAUGUGGUUGCUCUGGGCAGCGUCUGCACUUUAUCUGUCUCCAAGGCUUGAUACACCUCCCCCCAGGGCAUUGAUUGAAUGUGAGAUACAAGUGGGUUAUUCUAUAUACUGUGUGACAGAUAUGUUAAUGUUUCAUUACGUGCUUUGUAAAUGCGACCGGUAACGCGAGUUACUCUGCUGUAAUAUUUAAAUAGACUUUUUCAUUAAAAACGACGUCUGUCACAUUUUCCUACAGAC